UUAUAAAUGAAAUUAUCUAAAACAGCCAAUAUGGAAAGAAAGGAAACAUACCUACCUAGGGGAGCCAACUGUCUAGUUGUUGAAAAAUCUGGAAACUCCAUUACAUCGAAAUUCUAAAUUAAACACCCCUGAAUGAUUUAUUCGACUCUUGAGGCAGUUGCAACACCAACUAAUUAAACUAAAUAAAACUUCCACUCUCUCAAACUAUAUAAUAAUAUAAUAAAUAUAUACAUUUUUCAAUAAAAUAAAUAUAAACUAUAGUUUAGCUAGUAGGUAUAUUAUAUUAUUUCUUUAAAAUAUUCAACCCCUUAACCCUUUCCAUCCCCUUUAAAUUGCCCCCUAACAUGGUUGCUUCACCAAUCAUCCCCUCAUCUCACUUUUUGAAAAAAAAAAAAAAAAAAAAAACCAACAAAGAAAAAAUCAUGGAUUCAAAAAAAUCCAACAAAAUUAGAGAUAUAGUAAGGCUACAACAAAUCCUCAAGAAAUGGAGAAAGGUUGCUAAUGCAUCAAAAUCCAACACAAUUACCACCAAUGUAUCCACAACAAACACGGCCUCGGCCACUACCACCACCAUUGCGAGCAAUGGUGGUGGUAGCGGCAGUGGAAACAAAGGCAUAAAAUUCUUAAAAAAGACACUUUCAUUUUCAGACAACUCUGUUUCAGGAACAGAGUAUGUCCCAAAAGGUUACUUAGCAGUUUGUGUAGGAAAAGAGCUUAAAAGAUAUGUAAUCCCAACAGAAUACUUAGGUCAUCAAGCAUUUGGAAUAUUGCUAAGAGAAGCAGAAGAAGAGUUUGGAUUCCAUCAAGAAGGUGUCCUUAAGAUCCCUUCCGACGUCGCGGUGUUUGAGAAGAUCUUACAGAUGGUACAGCAUAAGAGGGAGGAGUUUUACUUCCAUGAAAUGUCUCAAAGUUUUGAGUUUCAUGCAUCUGAUAUUGAUGUUAUGAGUUCUACUUUGAGUGGUUGUUGUUCACCUGAUUGUGAUCAAAUUCUUCAGCCUUCUCUUCCUCAGUUGUGCAGAUGAUCAUUUUCACUACUACUAAUUAAAUUUUGGUUAUAAAUUUUUUUCAUAAAUUUUAGCCAUUUUUUUUUUUUGGGUUUGUUUGCCCUUCCCUUAUUAACAUUUUUUUGUUGGAAAAAAAAAAUGUUUUUAAUAAGGGGAAUGAGGUAGAUUUUUCUCAUUAGAACAAAACAAAUUUGUUCUGUUUGUAAUGGUUGAUUAGUUUUUAAUAGAUCAGUCAUUCAUGUAUCAUUAAUUCAUUAUCGUUUUUAUUCAUAUUGUAUUUACGUUA